CGUCAGGCUUUCUUCAUCGAAUCUUUGAAAUUUUGAAGCCGUCCAGCAGUCAGCAGCAUGCCGACUGUUAGUUUGAAUAGGGACUAUCUGUUCGCUAUUCUCGGCAGAGUUUACACUGAAGAAGAGUUCAAUGAUCUGUGCUUUGAUUUUGGUCUGGAGUUAGAUGAAGUGACAUCAGAAAAAGAGAUAAUAUCCAAAGAACAAGGAGCAGAUAAGGCUAGAGAUGCAUCUGACAGUGUGAUAUACAAAAUUGAUGUACCUGCUAAUAGGUACGACCUACUGUGUGUUGAAGGCUUAACAAGAGGAUUGCUGAUAUUCCGAGAAAAGAUGAAGGCCCCAAUAUAUAAGAAAGUUAACCAAGGAGUUUUGCAGGAGUUGCAUAUUAUGCAAUCUACACUGAAUGUAAGGCCUUACGCUGUUGCUGCCGUCUUGAGGGAAAUCACCUUUACUAAGGAUAUUUACCAGAGUUUCAUGGAUUUGCAGGACAAGCUCCAUCAGAACAUUGGAAGACAGAGGUCAUUAGUUGCGAUCGGUACACACGACCUCGACACAGUGCAAGGACCUUUCGUGUUUAGUGCAGAUGCACCUAAGAGUAUAAAGUUCAGGGCACUCAACCAGAGCAAGGAACUCAAUGCCACUCAGCUUAUGGAUUUGUAUUCGACUGACAGCCAUCUUAAGCACUACUUGCAUAUAAUUAGAGAUAAGCCCGCCUACCCUGUGAUAAGAGACAACAAAGGGGUGGUCCUGUCCAUGCCACCAAUUAUCAACGGUGACCAUUCAAAGAUUACACUGAACACGAAAAAUGUCCUAAUCGAAUGCACGGCCACUGACUUGAACAAGGCAACGAUCGUUCUUGACACCAUUGUUUGUAUGUUCAGUCAGUACUGCAAGCAGCAGUUCUGCAUCGAGCCGGUGAAAGUAUUCGGUCAACCUGACUGUUGUGAACAACCUGCAUUUUAUCCUACUCUACUAUAUAGGAAGGAAGUUGUCAAUGUCGAUGACAUCAACAAGACAAUUGGAAUAAACCAAUCAGAUGAAAAAUUAGCUUCGCUGCUUACGAAAAUGAGCCUGUCGUCUCGAGUUAUGGAUGCCAGUGGAAAGUACAUUGAGGUCGAAGUCCCGCCCACUCGACAUGAUGUUAUACAUGCAUGUGAUAUAAUGGAAGACGUUGCAAUUGCCUACGGUUACAACAACAUUAAGCGAACAAUUUCAAAUACCAACUGUAUUGCCGGACAGUUUCCAAUCAACAAAUUGACUGACCUACUGAGAGAAAACAUUGCUUUUGCCGGCUUUACAGAAUGCCUUACUUUUGCUCUGUGUUCUCGCGAUGAUGUCGGCGAAAAACUGCGAAAAAAAAUUGAAGAUAUCCCAGCCGUCCACAUCAGCAAUCCUAAGACAUUAGAGUUUCAGAUCGCUCGAACGAGUUUACUGCCGGGGAUAUUGAAGACGAUUGCUUGUAACAGGAGAAUGCCUAUCCCACUGAAGCUAUUCGAGAUUUCUGACGUCGUCAUGAAAGAUGAUAACAUGGACGUUAGAUGUCGUAACGAACGAAGAUUGUGCAUUGUUUAUUGUAACAAGGUUCCUGGUUUUGAAGUAGUUCAUGGACUGCUUGACAGAGUUAUGCAACUCUUGGGAGUUAAAGAUUCUGAAUAUAUGAUAGUGCCGUCUGAUGAUGAAACCUUCUUCCCCGGCCGCUGUGCAGAGGUCAGGGUCAAGGGUCACCCAAUAGGAAAGCUUGGAGUUUUGCACCCGGAGGUCAUCACAAAAUUUGAACUUAACCUGCCCUGUUCAACACUGGAAAUUAACAUAGAGCCAUUCCUGUGAGAAAUUUUUUAUGAGGGCCCAUUUGUUGGUGAAUAUUAAGGGGUCUAUCGCAUGAAUAUUUAUUAGGGGCCCGUUUUAGAUCUUAUAAAUAUUUAUGAACUGUUUGUUAGUGUUAUAGGAGGCGUGACUAAAGUCAAUUUUGAAUAUGCAAGGUUCUGUUAGUGACGAUAAUGCUGAUGAAUUGUUUAUGAAUUUUAAUGUCACGGUAAAUUCAGUUGAUGAGAUUUGGUUACUGCUUUCGUUUACAAAUACCGUUAAUUAACAUAAUAAUAAUAAUUAUUAUUAUUAUUGGUACAUUAGCUAUUUCGUUAAUGAUAUAGAUUGAAAGGGAACCACAUACAGAAAAUCCGCAUUUCAUGUGUAUAAUGGAACACAUGUAUAAUGGAAAUUAACUAGCAUUUCCCCUCCAAAAAGCACAUACAUACACAAACAAACAAACAUACGCACACGUAUCUCAAAAUAUAGGACACCAUCUGUCACAGUGAAUUAUGAUACAUAUGCAGUUGUUUAAAAUGCAUGCCAAAUAGUCUCAUGCCAAUAUAUAUAUAUAUAUCAUUUAUAUAUAUAUAUAUAUAUAAUAUACAUCUAUGAUAUAUAUAUAUAUUGAGUGAAGACAGACUUUUUUCAACUGACUCAACUGACAUAAUGUUUAUUGCCACUUCAACAAUAAUGAACACAAAUAUCCAUGCACAUAUAUAUUAUAUAUGCUGGUUGAAGAUCGAAUUAUCGACAAUAUGUAAUAAUUCCACAGGUUUAUUAGUUUUUAUCAACUUGUAUUCGAAUUUUUCAAUUUGCCUUAGUAAAAAAAUCUGUGGAAUUUAUUACAUAUUGUAUAUAUAUAUAUAUAUAUUACAUAUAUAUAUUAUAUAUAUAUAUAUGUACAUACAAACAUAAUACUUAGAAAAUGGUCGAUAAUAAGUAAAAUACUUAGCAGUGACGGAAUUCCUUAAAGUAAAUAAUAGUUUUAAAAAUAAUUUAAUAAGUAACAACAAAUAACAUCUCCAUGACAUGAAAAAUGACGUCAAAAAUUAGUCAGAUAAGUUAAAAAGAUGAAUGUGUGUGUGUGCGUGCGUGUACAUGUUGUACAAGUACACACACACGCACACGCACACGCACAAAAGUAGCAAAGUCAGAUCACAGUUCUUCGUGCUUAUUAGUGAAGAAUUCCUCGUGGGAGAUGUAGCCAUCUUUAUCAAUGUCUUCAUUCUGAAAGAUGUCAGCCACAACGCUGUUGUGUUCGGAGUCAGACGUCUCUAUGUUCGCUCCUGACUGAAUUUCCUGCAUCCUUAUGAAGGCAGAUACUUCAUCUUGAGACAGAAGAUUAUCUUUGUCUGAGUCAAUUUCUUCAAAUGUAUUGUGUGAUGGCUGUACAUCUUCUAUGCUAAGUAACUCAACAUCAAAAAUUAGUGUGGACAUUGGGGGAAUUAUAGAACCAUAGCCUUUCUCCCCGUAGGCCAGUUCAUGGUUGAUGAUUAAUUUUCUUUUUUCACCAACGCACAUCCCUAACAAUCCUUCGUCCCAUCCUUUUAUCACUCGGCCAACUCCUAACUCAAAACUGAAUGGCUGGUUGCUGCCAUAACUAGAAUCAAACUUGACACCAUUUUCUAAAAAUCCGGAAUAAUGUAACUUUAGAAAAUCAUUAUUCUUUGUUACCCUUUCACACGUCUCUGGCCGUUCAAUGAUCUUGAUCACUAAUUUUUCACUUCUAUUUUCAUUUUCCGUUGUGAUUGUCUCUUCAUCACAUGAUAUCACCCGGAAAAAUAUCAAAAAACAGAACAGGAAUACCUCCAAUAAAUUUGCCAUCAUUUGAUAAUUUAAUGAUAAUUAAUGAUUAGUGAUCAAUCGGUAAUUUUUGAAUUGUAAAUAUUUAGAAGAAAAUGAUUCUUAUCUUUAUUUCUGCUUUUUAAAGCUUUAAAAAUUUUAAAUUUCACAAUUUUUUUUUAAAUUUUAUUAAAAUAAAACGCAAAAUUUGCUUUGAAAAUAGCUUUUUUGCAGUCAGCAAGUCAAAUUUUUAGAUAGGACUAACUAAUUUUAGCCACCUAAAUACACGUCAUAAGUUAGGGGCGCUAAAAAACAGAUGUUUGAAUGAAAUUUUGAAUGAAAUUAACAUGCAACGUAAGUUAAGG